AUGACGGGAGAAGCGUGGUUAUACCUCUUUGCGGUGCUGGUCAAUGCAGUAAACUUGUUUCUGCAGGUGUUUUUCACCAUCAUGUACAGUGAUCUGGAAUGCGAUUAUAUCAAUCCUAUCGACCUUUGCAACAAGCUGAACACCUACAUAAUCCCCGAAGCUGUUGUCCACGCAUUCUUGACCUUCCUACUACUCAUCAACGGAUACUGGCUAGCUCUUAUCCUGAAUCUGCCCCUCCUUGGAUGGAACGCCAAGAAAAUCUUUGAGAACCAGCACCUGCUAGAUGCUACUGAGAUUUUCAGGAAGCUGAACGUUCACAAAAGAGAAUCAUUCAUAAAACUCGGCUUCCACCUCAUCAUGUUCUUUUUCUAUCUCUACAGCAUGAUUGUUGCCCUCAUCCGUGAGGAGAAUCACUGA